GUGCUGGUGUCCGGUCUGCCCACCGUUCCACAGGACACGCCAGCCAGUGAGCCCGCCUGGUCGAAGCGGCCGCGGAGGCAUCAGCCAGGAUGGAGGUCCCCCGCCAAAAGUGGGCCAGCAAUCUGGAGUUCCUGCUGGCAAGCACGGGGAUGUCCAUCGGGCUGGGAAAUAUUUGGAGAUUUCCGUACGUUGCCUACGACAACGGCGGGGGGGCCUUCCUGCUUCCCUACCUGCUGAUCAUGACGGUGGUGGGCCGCUCCAUGUUCUACAUGGAGAUGCUCAUGGGCCAGUUCCGGAGCGCCGGCGCCACGCAAGUCUUCGACUGCGUGCCCCUCGCCAGGGGCGUAGGCUGGGCCAUGGUGUACACCUGCUUCGUGAUCUGCCUCUACUACAACCUGCUGCUCUCGUACGCGCUCAACUUCCUCUGGUACUCAUUUGCCAGCACAGAGCUUCCCUGGACCCGCUGCAACCCGGACUGGGCAGACGAUGAGUGCUUCGACACGAGCAACCCCACGAAAGCCUGCAAGUACGUGAACAAGACAUUGUACAACAUGUACCUGAAAAAGAACGGCACCGACAUGAAAACCAGUGUGGUGCUUGGAGGCGCCAACGGCUCCGUGCUUGUGCCCGAGAAGGUCUACACCGGCCAUUUCGCCAACUGCUCUGAAUGGAUCGUCACAGCGCCCGAGGAGUUCUACGAAAACUACGUGCUUGGCGUGAGCAGCGGCGUACACGAGCUGGGGCGCGUUCAGGUUGGACUGGUGAUCGGCCUGGCGUUAUCAUGGGUGGCCGUCUUCUUCUGCGUCUUCAAGGGAGUCCGGUCCUCCGGAAAGGUGUCCUACUUCACCGCCGUCACUCCAUUCUUCAUACUCGGCGUGCUGAUGCUGAGGGGCGUCACCCUGGAAGGAGCGGGCAACGGCCUCUACUACUACUUCUAUCCGCAGUGGGAGAAGCUCAAGCUCUUCAAGACGUGGAGAGCCGCGGCUGUGCAGAUCUUCUUCUCCAUCAGCCUCGCCCAAGGCCUGAACAUGUGUCUCGCCAGUUACAACGACUUCAGCAACAACAUCGUUCGGGACGUGUACAUCAUCGCAGCGACGGACUCCUUCAUCAGCAUCUUCGGCGGUGUCGUCAUCUUCUCCGUUUUGGGCAACAUGGCGCACCAGCUGGACGUGGCCGUGCCGGACGUUGUUCAGUCCGCGUUCGGCCUGGCGUUCGUGGUGUACCCGCAAGCGCUCAGUCUCAUCGAGUUCCCGCACUUCUGGUCGGUGACCUUCUUUGCCAUGCUCUUCCUACUGGCCAUCGACUCCGAGUUCGGCUUCGUGGAGGCUGCCCUGACCCCGCUGAAAGACGAGAUACCGGCGUGCCGCGCCCACGAGACGUACGUGGCCACCAUCUGCUGCGUCUGCUUCUUCAUCAUGGGACUGCCCAUCGCGUCGCAGGGAGGGCUGUACAUCCUGACGCUAAUGGACGAGUUCGUCUCCAGCCACUUAAUCCCCUGGGUCGGUGUGGCCGAAAUGGCUACCCUCGUCUUUGGCUACGGCAUCUCGCGCAUGAUCGCCGACAUGGAGUUUAUGCUCGGCGGUGCGCCUGGCAUGUUCAUGUACAUCACCUGGAAGUACUGUCUGCCAGUGGCUGUGGCGAUCCUGGCCAUCACAUCGCUGACCAACUUCGAGUCGGUGAAGGUGAAGCGACAUGGUGCCAUGUACGAGUUCCCGCUGUGGUCGCAGGUCACCGGCUUCUUGGUGGCCGGCAUCGGCCUCGCCAUUAUCCCCAUCAUUGCGAUCAAGGAACUCAGGGCCGCCAAUUGGGACUUUCGGAAGGCGAUCAGCCCUCGAGAUAACUGGGGUCCCAAAGGCUACGAAGACCGCCGCCGCUACCGGCUCUUCAUGGUCGAGAAGGGUUACAUAAAGGCCGAGGAAGCUGAGAGACUCAACGAAGAGGAGAAGGAGCUGCGCGAGCUCGAGAUCAAGCUCAAGGCACUGGAAGAGGCCAAGGAGGCCGCCGCCACCGCCGCCGCCGGUGCGCAAAAGCUGGCAGAGAACAAGCCAGAGCUUAAGGCAGGCGGCGAAGCUGCCAAGGCCGAGAACAAGGAUGCGCCGAAGGGGGAGCCGAAGGUGGAGCCGAAAGCAGAUGCUAAAGGGGAGGAAAAGAAAUAGACAAAUCCCGAGCCGAAGCCCAAGCUGUACCGGUCGGAGAUCUCUGCCCGAGCAUCGUGGAAAUAAACGUGGGCGGACGGGCCG